UCGACCUGAGAAAUGCACGAGACUCUGAUUUAGCAAUGGAGAAGAGUCCAUGUGUGAAAGACUUGCAGAAAGUUCUGUUUGGCGGCAAACGUUUUGGCAAUCAUGUGGAUGAAGUUAGUCCUGGUCUGUUCCUUGGUGACAUGUCAGCAGCCAAUGACCGCUACAUGGUGUGGAAGCUGGGAGUUACACACGUCUUGAACGCAGCACACGGCAGCCGGUGCAGUGAAGGCAACAGACAUUACUACGGAGACGGCGUACAUUAUUACGGCGUGCCUGCAGACGACUCGCCCACCUUUGACCUUUCGCCGUAUUUCUUCCCGUGUGCACAGUUCAUCCACCACGCACUUUGCACGGCCGGAGGUAAAGCUGCUGUGUUGGUCCACUGUGCAGCAGGUGUGAGCAGGUCCGCAGCCCUGCUCUUGUCCUACUUCAUGAUCUGUCACGCAUGCACGCUGAUGGACGCCAUACUGAAGGUCAAAGAGCGACGCUGGAUUUUCCCCAAUAAAGGAUUCCUCAAGCAGCUCUGUGCUUUACAAGUCAAACUACGGCAGCCAUAGUUUUUACAUGCAUACUGUACAUAUAUACAUACAUACAUACUGUAGUUCAUAUUUGAACGUCAUGCAUGUUGUGUGAUUGCUUACGUAAACAUUUGACCUCUGACAUUGUACAUAGGGGAAUAAAAGACAUC